AUGCAAUCAAUAUGACCUGCUAAUCAAAUAAGAACAAUUUUCGUUAUUUUUGCUUGGAUAUGAGCUGAUGGCGUUUCUCUUGAUAUUGGCUUAACGAUGAAUAUAUCGCAAGCUUCGUUGUGAACUUAUAUUGAACUAAAUACUUCUGGGAUUCAAUAUUACUACACUUCUAUAAAACUUGAAAUAAAAUCUAGAGAUUUUCAAUGCUUUCCUUUAUUAUCUUUAGGACUGAUGGGGAUGCCGGAAUUUUUGAAAAUAAGUGAUAUUUAUAGUGUUACAGGGGAUUAUACAGAUUUUUAUUCAUAUGAAAACCAAUUGAACGAGCAUCAAAUAAUCCUUGAUUCCACAAUUUUUAAAAACAAUUCCAAAGCUUAUCUUGGGAUUGCUUAUCCAAGUUACUGAAAAAAUAGUUCACUUUUCUAUUCAAUCACCUUUUUUCAAUCAAAUAGUUUUAUUUGUGCUUCGGGGUGCUCUUCACAUGGCAGAUGCUCAGGCAUAGACCAAUGCUUGUGCAACUUUGCUUAUAUAGGAAGAAAUUGUGGAAUAAAAUCUACAUAUCUCGUCUAUAAUAAACCCGGCCAACUUACUAUAGAAAAUGACAAUAUUGAAUAUUUCUUUAUUGAUUUGUCUAAUUGCAUAUACAUUAAAAUGGCGACUGCGAGCCAGUCCUUUUUCUCAACACCUGUCGCCGUAGGCUCAAAAGGCCCGCAUGGUCCUGUGGAAGGGAAAUUGGUGCUCGUUAAGUAUAUCCGGCUAGGCUUUAUUUGUCUUGGUGGAGCGCAAUGUUUAAUUAGGUCGGCCGUAGUUCACUCUAGAUCAAGGUUUUCACCUCAGGGGAAAUGGGAUUCAGAGUUGGAAAGGGGUGGCUCAGUGAUACCGUGGAGUACUACACGGUCAAUCGGGCACUCCUCCAGCGCGAUACUGGGCGUUGCGUCCCAGGCUUUGGUUUCCAUUUUAGCCGACAGCUCGACCAGAAAAUUUGGUUUUAAAAUUUUCGGAAAGAGCAAAGGUGGCACAACUCAUCCAACUACAGGCAGCGAGUGCUGGUCUUCGUCUGUAGGAGCGAAGCUUUGAAGGUCAUGAAACGAUUGAUGGCGGGCAACCGAGUGAAGCGCUACGGGUGGAGGCAGUCCUUCGUGAAUUGCGGUCGGCUUCUAGAUAAGUUUAAUUAAGCUUAAGUUUAAGAUUAUCUAAUUGUAAUUUAAAUUCAGGGCAUGAAUCAAAUUUGCUUCUUAAUUGCAGCUGAAUAGGUGAAACCAGCAUUCUUUUUAUAGGGAAGCCUUCUACUUUGUAAUUAAUAUCCAGAGCAAAUGACCUCCCUAAUAAGAAAAAUUAUUAUUCUUGGAUUUCUCUGACUAAGGAUGCAUCAUCACAAGACGCUAUUAUAUCAGACUUAUCAAAUUUUAAAAUAAUUUUGUUAGCAAUUUUUAACACCUAUACAGAUUCUGGACAAAAUUUAUCAAUUUCUUGUACUUGAUCUGAAGAUUCUUCUAGUUCUUCAAAUCUUAAUGUAACCAUUAUAUGAAUAUCAAUUCCAGCCUUUAUAGUAGCGCUAUUAAUGAUAUCAUUGAUAUUAUGGUUUUAUCGUCGCGUCAAUAGAGUUCAUACUAUUCAUCACUCGCACGAUUCUACACUUGUUGGGAUUAAUAUUGAUAUAAUUCAAAAUUAUUACCCUAUUUAUACAUGGAGGGACUUAAAAAAUGUCAUUGAGGAUACAGAGAUAUGUGUAGUUUGCAUGGAAAAUUUCGAGGAAGACUCAAAAGUAAGAAAAUUGAUAUGUGACCAUGUUUUUCAUGCAGAGUGUAUAGAUGAGUGAUUUAAACAGCAUAAGUUUUGCUGUGUAUGUAAAAAGGAUUGUGAAGCAGUCGAAACUUUAUUUUCGCAAGGAUGCUCACAAGAUAUACGUAUGGAAAGGACUAGCUUAUUUACUGAUCGUUCAAAUGACUUGAAUGUUCAAAGUGUCGAAUAA